AUGACGAAGACUGUUGACGAAUUCACAGCGAAGCGCAUCACAUACGAAACUCCGGUUCUAGCCUCAACGGUCGUUGAGCGUUUGGACAAGCAGCUCAGCAAAGAGAGCGGAGGACAGGCCGCGUUCCGCGUGCUUGCGACGGCAUCGUCCAAGGAAGAAAUAGAGAAAGAGAUCAACAAGAUCACGGGUGGUGGAAAAGACUUUGCGCAUGUGCCUUUAAAUGUAUAA